CCGUGGUCUCCACACUCUUAUCCAUUUUGACAACUAUGCACCGCAAGCCUUCCAAGCAAUCGGCCGACCUUGCGCUUUGCCAGUACACGUACAAGCCGUGCUCGCACCCGCGCUCGACCAAGCUCAACGGCGAUCUCCACCUCCUCUGCGAGUUCCACCGCACCAAGGCCAACCGCAUCCAGCAAGCGUACGCGGCCAAGAAGCGCCUUCGUCAAAUGGAAGCCUCCGGUCCUGCGUCGCCGACGUCGACGGAUACGACGUGGCCAGCCGCUGAGCUCACGUUCUCGCCCGACGACUUGCGUGCGAUCGAGGCCUUCACCUUUGCCGACUCGGAACACGCUACCGUACUCGACUCGGUCUUUCGCGACUUUCUGAGCGACCCCCUCGAUUGCUACACCCUCUGAGCCCGAGAGCAUGACACCCUCUUAAUUUAAAACCUAGACAUCCUUGUACAAACAUUGCACUUUUGUUGGCGAC